GAAUAAAGAUCUACUUUGCUCUCUUUUCGGUUUCUUAUUUUUAUCGUUGUUAUUCUCGUGUUCUGAUAAUUAACAGAUAUCCGGGUCCUCUGGGAAAUUAGGGUUUUCCUAGUUUCCUUAUUUAAACGGAAAUCGACAGUGUGAAUUUCGGUUCCCACAGAAUUGAUUGUGUGGUGGUAUUUGUUAGUUGCGUGUUAGAUAUUGAUUACGGUGAAGUGAUUUACAUUUAGUUGUCUUGGUUGUUAUAGUUUUAGGUAAAGGCAUUGAUUGCCACUAAAAACAUAACCAUUGAAACUUCAACAACUAAAAACUUUAAAAAACUUUAAAAUCAGAACAACACACACAUUGAACAACACACACAUAAAAUGAAAGAAGCUCUCUGCGUCGCUAUGGAUCCAUUUAGUCAAUCUUAUAGUUUUCAAAACCUAUUUAACAGUCAAUAUCAAAACACUCAACACCCUUAUAAGUCUGACCCUCUUGAGCCUAGUAUACAACUCUCUGCGUCUGAUGCCUAUGUGUUUGGUUCACAAUGGACUGAAAAUGGCAACAAAGACGCAGAGACUGUGUCCGACCGUAAAGAGCAGCACAAAUGGUCACCAUCAGAAGACGGUGUGCUCAUAAGUGCUUGGCUGAACACCUCCAAAGAUGCAGUGGUUGGAAUGAGCAUAAAGCAAUUUUUGUUUUGGAAACGAGUUGCUGCUUAUUUUGCUGCGAGUCCAAAGCUGGUUGGUUUGCAAAAGAGAGAGCCAACGAACUGUAAACAAAGGUGGGGGAAGAUUAACAAGGACGUGUGUGUGUAAGUUCGUUGGAUGUAAGAUUUUGGCUCUCGUGGAUUUCACGUAUUCUACAGAUAUGCCUUCAAAUCUCGGCAAUAUGAUGAGCAUUCGGAAUCGAGUUCGUGAUAGAACAAUACAUCAAAAAUUGAAAGCUGAUUUGGUUGAGAAUAUAUGACAAAAAUUUGGAACAAAUCAAGAUUACAACUAAUCGACUUUUUCUCGUUUACAAUUUGUAUUUGUAUUUUUAAUAUGUUUUUAUGUCAUUUUUAUUAAAAAAUUUAUGUAUGCUUUUAUUUUAAAUCAUUUUACUUUUGAAAAAAAUUAAGAACUCCUAUGAGGUUUUCCCAUUGGAGGAAAAAUUAAUUAGCACUAACAUAGGUUCUUAACUAAUUAAAUCAUCUUAUUAACCAAUAAUUUAAUCAUAAGAGCCCAUUAGAAGUUCUAAUGGAUGAACUUGCUCUUAGAAUAGAUACCUUUUGUCAACUAUUCCAUAAAUACUUUGUUUAUUGCCCAAAAAUAGAUAUCAUAAAACUGUAUAUGUGGUAUCGUUACCUUCAAAGUUAAAUCCGUGUGUGUAUGGAUCAAUACUUGUAUCAUUUUCUUUUAUUUGAGUUUUAUUAGUUUACAGGUCAGAACAAGUAGGUUUUCAACAAUCAUACACGCCAAAAUGAAAACAGUUGUUGACACUAACUACCUCCUACGAAAACAAAUACUUAUCGAAGACCAAAACAAACAAACGAUAAGAUACAAUUAUUUUUAGAACUUGUAUGCAAAGUUUUAAAUGUUCUCAUUCUUUUUUCCCUUGAAUCCCAAGAGCUGAUACAGCAAAAUUCUAUCACUUCCUCGUUUAUUGACCCACGUUCAUGUUCAUGAAUACGACGACCUACUUCGAGGAUUGCCGACCCUUGUUGUUUAACAUCUCUUCCAAUGGAAUAUGGGAGAAUUUAAAGUCACCCGAUGUGAUUUUUGGGUAUUCUUUGCCACUCAUGGAGAUUCAGAUAUUACUUAUCUUCACAUCGGUGGUCAUGACUCACAUGUUCCUUAGAUGCAUUGGCAUUUCCCACAUCGGUUCCUAUAUGAUAGCUGGUCUGAUUAUGGGACCUCAGCUAUUCGAUCUGAGGGAGAAGUCAACAUGGAAACUAUCGUUGGAUCCUAUUAUGAAUGGAAAUGGACCGUUAAGAAGCUUCUCAGCAUGCGGCUUCAUGAUGUUUACAUUCCUCAUGUCCUUACGGACCAGUAGGCGAGUUGUUUUUAACAACGGACCAUUGCCCGUUGUGAUUGGGAUCUUGACUUUCAUAGUUCCUUUGGUUGUAGGGCUCUGUUUUCGAAACGUCCUCGCUGACAACAUAAACCCUCAUUACAUGCCGCCAAAAAAAGCACUCGCCGAGCGCACGGUGAUCAUUGCAACACAAUCUUCCAUACUCUUGCCCACCAUCACCUAUUUCUUGUCGGAACUCAAUAUCCUCAACUCGGAGUUUGGUCGGCUUGCAUUGUCGGCAUCUGUUAUCAACGACAUCCUUGGCGUUUCUUUCAUUGUACUUGCAUAUUCUUUGGGAACAUACAAAAACAUGUCACACUCAACAGCCUACAUUGACCUUAUCGCGGUGAUCAUCUUUUUUCUCCUCGUCUUUUUUGUUGUAAAGCCGGCCGCAGAGUGGAUAGUACAACAAACACCAGAAAACAAACCCGUGGCGAAUAUAUAUGUGCAUGCUGUAACUUUAACCGUAUUGGGUUCUGCCGUUUACACCACGGUCUUCCAUAUGAAAUACGUCCUUGGACCAGUCAUGAUCGGCCUCGUUAUACCAGAAGGUCCACCUUUAGGAUCCGCCUUAGAAGCCAAGUAUGAGAAGCUCACGUUAAACGUGUUCUUGCCAAUCUCGAUUGCACUCAGUACGAUGCGAUGUGAUAUUACGAGGAUUGUGUACGAGCUAGAUGACAUAUUAUACAAUAUCUUUCUAAUGGUGCUGACAAUCGCUUUGAAACUGGUUGCCGGUAUUGCACCUUGCUUGUACUGCAAGUUACCUCUCAAGGAGUCAAUUGCUGUUUCCAUCCUCUUGAGCUGCAAGAGUUUCCCAGAAAUUUUUUUCUAUGAAUCUACAUUAGAUGAUAAGUAUAUAUCACAAGCAACAUACUCUUUCUUGAUAUUAUAUACGUUAUUAAACUCUGGGAUUGUCCCAGUAGUUAUAAGAAGUCUGUAUGAUCCGAAGCGGAAGUACAUUGGUUACCAAAAAAGGAACAUCUUCAGUUUGAAACCAAACUCCGAUCUUCGUAUUCUUACUUGUGUGCACAAACCUGGGAAUAUCUCUAGAGCCAUUUCAGUUAUCCAAUUAUUUUCCUCGCCGAACCAAGAAUUCCCCAUCAUUGUCACGGUUCUUCACCUCGUGAAGCUAGUGGGUCAGAUCGUACCGAUCUUGAUCUCGCACGACAAGAAGUCGAAACAACUGAUCAAUAACUCCUACAUCCAUACCGUAAACCUUGCCUUCAGCCAGCUGAUGCAAGAGAGCUUUGAUUCAGAAAGUGUGGCAAUGUUCACAGCCCUCUCGCAUGAGAACUUAAUGCACGAAGACAUCUGCAUGCUCGCACUAGACCAGACAACAUCGAUGAUUGUCGUCCCGUCUGGAAGAACAUGGACCAUUCAUGGGGAGUUCAUGUCAGACGAUGUGGCCAUAAGGCGUCUCAAUAUGUCUCUACUCGAACGUUCACCAUGUUCUAUUGGUAUACUCGUGGAUCGUGGACAGUUCAUGCGUAAAGACAAGAGAAAGGACUACAUCAAUGUAUGUGCGAUAUUUAUUGGAGGUAAAGACGAUCGUGAGGCAUUAUCGCUGGUGAAUAGGAUGAAACAUAACCCAAAGGUCCAAGUUGCAGUGAUUCGACUAAUGUCUAACCAAGAAACAGAGUCGACAAAUUGGGAUUACAUUCUUGAUCAUGAGGUUAUCAAAGAAUUGAAGGAUCCAGAGUCAAACAAAAAUAUUGCCUAUACAGAGAGGAUAGUGACCGGUGGUCCUGAAGUGGCUACUAUGGUUCGGUUGCUUUCAGAAGAGUAUGAUCUUAUGGUUGUUGGAAGAAAUCAUGGAAUGUCGUCACUGGACUUUUCAGGACUGUUAGAGUGGAUGGAACUUCCGGAGUUAGGUGUCAUCGGAGAUUUGUUGGCGGUUAGAGAUCUUAGAUCUAGCGUCUCUGUUUUGAUAGUUCAACAACGACAUCAAGCAUAAAUCAUUAAUUGGGAACUAUUCAACAAUACGAGUGAAUAAUUUUAGGACAUUAUUUUAUAAGAUCUAACAUGGAAGCUAUUUGCCAUGCGAGGAGUAUUAAUGUAUCUCACAGUUUCUGAUAAGAUCUAACAUGGAAGCUAUUUGACGUGCUAGGAGUAUAUUGUUGAAUCCUAAAUCCGUUAACAAGGAUUAAAGACUAAACAAAAUUUGAAUGAGAUUAAGAAAAGGACCAAAGGUUUCGUUUCAAAAACCGAGAGGAAAAGUACAAGGAAGAACUCGUCGUCGUAAGACGACCUUAGAUUAUAACUCUUUCUAUUUUUAUCUCUCUAGCUCUGCUCUCUCUCUAACUUGAUGCCCAUUGUUCGCUGAGCGUUCAUUCCUUUUUAUAGGAUCCAGUUACGUGUUUCUUGAGUGCGUCAUGAUUAGAUUCUGACUUUCUACAGUGAUCGGCGGGGUUGUCAGUGGGUUGGUUCGGCGGGGUUGUCAGUGGGUUUGUUCGGCGAUGUGAUGGAGGUCUCGACCUAUUCCUUCCUGCUGUUCUGUGGCGUGUGUCAGGUUGUCCUGGGGGUUGGUGAGCUACCCGUCCUGAGGUGAUGAUGGCGCUCGUCUUGGGGCACGCUUCUUCUCUGGGCCUUUGUCGCUUUCAGAUGGGCCUUUCUCCUUCGAUCCGGCCGAGUCGACUCCUGGGCCUUGGCUUUCUGACGGGUCCAUAUCCAACAUAUACGAUAAAUCUCAAAUCUAACAAUUCAAAAUCCACAAACCAUAAACCAUGAAUCCCUUUGAAAUACCUAAACCCAAUUGAGAAACUACCAAACCAUGACAUGAGAAACAAAGAAAUAAGAUAAAUGCAUAAUAAGAUAUAUAAAUAAAAAUGAAGGUUCGUAACACUUUUCAAAAGGUAUAGUACCUAAAAGUAUGAUGAAAAAUAAUGUUUAACCUAAACAAUGGCUGAAACAAAUAUAGAUCAAAAUCAAGUCAUGCUCGAAUUUUAAGCAAAAUCAAACUGAAAACAAGAAAAACCAAAAUUUACUUUUUUCGUAUUGAAACGGCAAACAGAACAGUUUUCAGUAAAACACGCAUAACUUUUGAUCUAAAAGAUAGAUCGAUCUUAAACUUCAAAAAUCGGAAACCUAAUUCGAUUAUUUAUCUUGUGUUAUAAAAUUUGAGAAUCAUCCAUCGGGGUUAAGUCUUCUAACGUAUAUGCACAAUUAUGAAUCUUUAAAUUCGUCUUUGCAUCUAACUCUUAAACCACCAAAAACUCCAAAACAUAUAUGUUGACUCGAUAAACGACUCAAAAAAAAGAUUAGAAAUUGACAAAAAACACCGUUUAUCAAAAAUCCAUAUGCCUCGUGUAGAGUAUAAGACCAAUAUGCAUUCGUGGAUCUCUCAUGUAAGUCUCUCAAAAGUUUAAGUUUAAAAGGAAACUACAGAUUGAUCCGCGCAUCCGUGCAUGUAUUAGUUCUUAUAUUUUUAUGCAUUGGUAUUUGUUUUUCGUAAUUAGUGUUAUAUAUUUUAGAUGGAUCGUAAUAUAACUAAUUGUAUUCAAAAGACGUGGACUGAAUCGAGUAAUAUGAUUAUUUUUGGUACAAAUAUCCGAACCCAUUUUAGAUACAUUUGUUAUUUAGAUAUUUAUAGGUUAAUAUACAUCAAAACCGAACUCAUCCAGACUCAGAAGAACACAACUCAAAACCAACACCUAAAUUUAUAAUAUUCAAGCGGGACUAAAUUUCAAAAAAAAAAAAAAUGAUACGAGAAAAGAACAAUCCGUACCUAAAUGGAUAACCAAUGUUCAUGUCUAACUGAUUUUAUAAAUCAAUAAAUAUGGCUAUUUCUAUGUGUUUGGUUAAAUUAAGUGAAAUAGAAAGAAUUUUUUAUUUAAUAAAAUAAUUUUAUGGAGUGAAAAAUAAAGUAACAAUAAAUGUAAUACAUUUUUAUUAUUUUGAUUUAAGUUAUUAUUUUUUACAAAAACAUGUUUUUAAAUUAGGUUUUUGUCUACGUAAUUUUUCACCGAUUGAAACUAAAAUAAAAAAGAGUUAGUAAAACAAACUAAACCGAACGUUUAACCACAUGCAAAACCCAGUUAUUUUACAUUUUUGAUUAUAUAAUUGGCACAAAGUUAAUGUUGAUUGAAUAAUAAAUAAAAUUAUGCACUAUUGUUAGUAUGGUAAUAUAAUUAAUGAUUUGAUGUAUUAUUAAAGUAAUAUAAUUAAUGAAAUUGUUAAACUGAGUUAAAUAUUGAAAAACAAUUAACGCAAUUGUAUUAAUGAAAUUACUAUAAGGACACUAUAUUUUUUUAUAAUGCUAUCUAUGUUUCCAAAUAAUUCUCAUUUAUACUAUUAUUUAUGUUUCCAAACAGUACCAAAAUAUAUUUAAGCUUUAAUAAUAUAGAUAAACAAAGAGGAGAGAGACAAGGAUAGUCUCUUCUUUAUGAUAAACAAAGUCAUAGACCCCAUAAUUGCAUAUGCACAUAUAAUAUAUAUAUAUAUAUAUAUAUAUAUACAUAUAUAUGUGUUUUUAGGACUCCAAUGGGUAAAACAUUCCAUUGGAGGUGCUCUUAGAAUUAUGAGAGACUAUGUACUAUCUGCCACUUAUUUAGUGGUAUAUUUUCUUACGAAACUUGGUAAGGGUUCUAUCAAUCAUGAUGUCUUAGUAAACUGUACAUAAACAGUGCCAGAAAUGCACCAGUUAUCGUAAAAAGGACACAACAAGACUUUCUGCUUAAACUCCAUCUAAAAAUGAAGCUGACAUGGAGUAAGUACUAUAAGGUGGUCAAUAUAGUAAACCAAUGUAGAACAUAGUAUAUUAUAUUUUUGAAAUAAAUAUUUCUAAGUUAGCUAUGUUUUCAUAAUUUCUCUGAUCUACAUAUUUUAGAACUGCUAUUUAGUGGUAGUAUGUAUAUUGUUACUUGUAAGAGUUUAGUUAUGAUUAAUAAAUAUAGAUCAAUCAAAUCAUGACAAUAAUAACAACAAAACUUCAAGCUUUUGCUUGGAAGUUGAAAGCGUCAAAAAAGAUGUGCCAUCUUAUAUGGCAAUUGAUAACGGGUCAGGUGGCAGUAACGAGGAAUCUCGCAAGGCGGAAUAUGAGGUGCGAUAAUUAUUGCCCAAGGUGUCGAGAACUAGAGGAAUCUGUAACACAUGCAAUAUUUGAAUGCCCUCCAGCUCUCCAAGUGUGGUCCUUAUCAGCAACUCCUACGAGCACAUGUAUAUUUCCAGUGGCAAGCGUCUACACAAACAUGGACUAUCUAUUCUGGAGGAAGAAUGAAAUCUUAGAGCCAGACCAAGACACGGAUCCUUAUCCCUGGUUAAUAUGGUAUAUUUGGAAGGCUCGUAAUGAUAAACUUUUUAGGGGAAUAGAUAGAGACCCCUUGGAACUAGUUCGAUAUGCAGAAAGUGAAUGUCAAGCCUGGUUCAAUGCAAACGAGACGAUACCACCAGUAGUACAUGCCAUCAGCAGUGAGGAAAACCAAGUCUUAAGCUUGUGUAAUAUUUGUCUGCUAGAUGGAUCUUGGACAGCUUCUGAUCGCUUUAGUGGAUGUGGAUGGGUCUGGAUGGAUAGCGGGGAGAACACACAACUUAUGGGAACACGGAAUUUCAUUUGAUGUGAAUCAGCAUUGCAUUCGAAGGUAGAAGCACUGCGAUGGGCGAUGGAGAAUAUGCUUCAACACUCGCCAUGCCAGAGCUUUGGAACAGACUGCAAGGAGCUGAUUGCAAUGAUAAAGGAACCCCAUGAGUGGCCAAGCUUUGCGACAGAACUGGAGAAGAUAGAAACGCUGCAGAUUUGCUUCCCGGACUUCAAAAUCACCUAUGUGCCACGAGUGCGCAAUCAGUUUGCUGAUUUUUUGGCUAAGACUGCUAGGACAUUUCGUAGAGAGUUACUUUUCAUUGGUUGUUCUAUUCCGGUCUGGUUACCCAGGCCACCUCAAGCUUGAGUAAUAGAAUGGCCGUUCGACGUCAAA